CCGAUCUGGCCGGACAGGGGGAACUCUUAAAGAACAAAAGCGGCGACGGACUGACCGAGUGGGAGGACUGGAAAACGGCGACUCGGCCCCCAUUUCUGAGCUCCGGGGUUAGGUAUUUGUGUCCUUGGUGAGAAUUAGCCGGCGACUGAACUAACGACGGAGGACAAACUUGAAUCCUGACCAUAAUCCGUCGGGAAGCUGAUAAAUAAGACAAGGGUCAAACAGAUGGACGGCAUUGUUCCCUCGGUCCACAACCAAAACUUCGGCCACACAUGGACGCAGGACGGAGAGGCUGAGCUCUGAGUUCCUGGAGGUUUUCGUCUCGUCUACGCGGACGCUUGGGAUAAAGCGAUAUUUUGGCGUUUUGGGUUUCGGUCGUGGUGUCCUUUUGGAAAGCGGCCACGCAAAUAUUUCAAGACUGAGAACUUGGAAGUGAAACAAAGCCGGACCAGGACGGGUGGCAAGGCUUAUUUUGAUGGCCCAGAUGGCAUCAUUCACUGAACAUAAUGGUAUAGACGUACUGCUUGUGGACGUAGAUGAACCCCUUGAAAUUGACGAGACAGCGACUGAAUAUGGAAAAGAGAGCUCUUCUGAGAAACUGCACUACUCGUCCAACUCGGACGAAAGCAACACGAGCGGCGUGACGAGUUUCACCACCAACCACAACUCUGUUGUGUGCCUGCCCCUGGUCUCGGAGGGACUCAAGCUAGUGUGGACGCAGUCCGAUCAGACCCGGGAACUUGACGAUAUCCCAGAUCUGGUCCGUGCUUUUAACUUGUUUCCAUACCCAUCGUCCAAGGAGGUCAGUACGCUGGCCCGAGUAUGUGCCUUGCCACUGGACAAAGUCAAAGUGUGGUUCAUGGUGCAGAGAAUUAAAUAUGGGAUUAGCUGGUCUUCAGAGGAAAUCGAGGAGACGAGGAAGAAGCUGGCGGUGCCUGAGCUUUGUGACGACUCAGCUGAAACAAACGAGGCUAAACUGAAGAGCACAAAUUCAGAUGAAUAUGUAAAUGAGGAAAAGGACAGUGAUGAAGAGGACGCUGCUCUCACUAGCUUUGCUCCCCCAACCAAGAAAUCCAAAUGUCAGUCUACAGAUUCCUACAGAUCGACGGCCCCCUGUUUCAGUUCCACUCUCCCUCCGCCCGAGGAUUCAUAUUUCUACCGCCCACCAGCAGACGCUCCAGCUAGUACAGCAGCUGAUGUCUCCCUUGACCUGUCGGAGUCGUCUUCCCGACAGAACCGCCACGGACGCUACAAGAAGACCAAAGCUCAGCUGGCAGCCCUGCGUAAAAGUUUUCUGAGAGAGAACUGGCCUGCAGAGACGGAACUGAGACGCUUGCAGGAAGAAACUGGCCUGAGCCGAAACGAUAUCCGCAAAUGGUUCAGUGACAGCCGUUACCAGCUGAGAGUCGGUCGAGGAAGCCUGGCAGCAGCUCAGAGCUAUUCUCACCAAACUGCUGCUGGGGCUAAACACGACCCACAAUCUCAGCCUCUUUCACUUACAAGUCUAAAACCUCGUCCGGUAAACGGAGUGAAAGGUCAGGAGGGGCCACGCAACAACGGGAUUAGAAAUUCCCACUUCUUUCAGACUUUUUUGUCAAACAGCCUCGAAGCAUUUGGGGAAAGGAUCCACGAGACACAAGGGCUGGAAGUCAAGGAGGAGCUUUCUGGAGACGGGGACAGUUUGAAAGAGGAAGAACACGACGAAGAACAACCUUUACAGCUCACAAAGAGCUUCACAACUGAGCCAGAUGUCCAAGAUUUAAAAUCUUCUCCCUAUUGCUCCCCCUCUAGCAGUCCGCCUCCCACCAUCUCGCCCAAUAAACCACUUUCCCCCAAGAUCCGCACAUCAAAGAAGUCUGUCCAUUCAACCAAAGCCAGUCCCUCACAAACGCCCACAUGCUUCUCGGGGGCUUCCACGUCUACGUCUCCUGCCCUCACCCCAGCAGGACGGCCGAGAAAGACCAAGGAGCAGUUGGACGUGUUGAAGCAGCACUUCUUGAGGUCCCAGUGGCCCACAAGUGAACAUUACACAGAACUUGUUAAGCUCACGGGUUUACCCAGAGCCGAUGUUAUUCAGUGGUUUGGCGACACGCGGUACGCUGUAAAAAACGGCCAGCUUCGUUGGGUGAAGGGCGUUCGCGACCAGUUCUUAACAGAACUUUCUGCUCAGCAAAGCAGUGGUGGUUUGACGAAUGGAAGCGGUGCGUCCGCUCGUGCAGGGGGCAGCCGCAAACGGAAAUCUGGUAGACCAAGUACAGAUUCUCCUGAUAUCCAGCCCUUGGUGUCGUAUUACCUUACGACAGGCUCGCUACACGAGAAAGACCUUGACUUACUAUGCAAGAAAUCAAAAAUGAGUUACCAGCAGGUGCGAGACUGGUUUGCUGCUCAGGAAGUCGGGGAGACUGACCAAGAACUCAUUGUUGCGUAAAAACAAGGUUAAGGGAGUGCUUCAUGCCGUUUGUUGCUUUAAUUCAGUCAGGUCUGUAAAAUCCAGUCUUCCCAGAACAGCCCAAAGUGAGUUUUGUGUAUUUUUAUAUAAAUAAU